AUGAGUCAACGUUUUCGAGCUCUUGUUUGUCACGAUGGUCUAUUUGAUAUGCGAGAAAUGGGUGAUGCUACAGAAGAAUUAUGGUUCUCAGAACAUGAUGUUGGUGGUUUUACUCCUUAUGAAAAUCCACAAGCUGGUUUUGAAUAUGUUCAAUUAAUUAAUGAUUAUGAUACUCGAAUUCGCAUUAAUGGAGUUGUUGAAGUUUUUAAUCGAACGUCAUUACCAUUUAUUUGGCCACCAAAUAAUUAA